AUGCAGUACGCUUCCCUCCUUCUCGUUGUUUUCUUCGUCGGAAUCGUUUUCAGCCAGGUACACUUAUAUGACAGUUACGUCACUUAAUUCAUAUUUUUUCAGGAGGACUGGAACCUUGGAAAGUUUGAAGACGUUGACGGUGGAGAAGAUGAGUACCUGGAUCUUCAUGUAUGUUGGAGCGGAACGUUUCAGAAAAGCUCUAAUAUUUUCAGAGGUAUAUCACCAACAAGCGAGCAAUCAAUGGGCAGCUCCGACGAUCGAGCAUCCGAUGGGGAAAACGAACAACAAAGAAUGCUGAUGAUCAGGUUGGUAGUCAAAAUAUGCGCAUGAUCACACCGCUGACCGUUGUUCUCAUUGGACACGAGUCUGAAACAGGUGAAAUUGUAGCCGAAGAUAGCUGUGUGAAUUUGUCAUGACGAAUUUCUAAUGAAAACAGGUGUUAUAGCUUCCCGUGAUUCAUGCGUAACUCACCUGAAUGAUUCAUCAUUUUACUUACUCCAAAUACUACAAUAUUCAUUAGAAUCAGUGAUUUUGCAGGUGGAUGUGCCCUUCUUAACCCCCGACGUGAUGAGUCUCUGGCCAGCACCAGCACAGGUCCUGACGGUCCCAGAGAAAACGGUUAAUAAACUGCAGGCGGUGGAAUAGAAUUCUGGAAUAUUUGAUUUCAGGCCACUGAGGCUCCGAAGGGGAACCAGGAAGCGCGCAAACUCGCCGAAAACGGUAUAAUGGAGCGAGUGGCGAAGGGAGGAAUCCGGCCAAAGCUUGCGUUGAGCAGCCGUCUUUGGGGACGUUGA